AUGGUAAUGCAACUGCAUAGGCCUUUUUGGAAAACAGCUUCCGAACGUAAAGCUGUUCAAGCAGGAGAUGUCGAAGAAGUCAGGCGUCUCAACACACUAGGUGCUGACUCCUUGCGGCUGUUGAGAAACUUCAGACAUUUUAAAUCUGGAUUUUCUCUACUUCAUUUAGCAGCAGAGUGUGGUAGUAUGGAGAUGAUUUCCCUCUUACAGAAGGUAAACUGCCAAAUCAACGCCCGGGACAAAGAACGUCGUACACCUCAGCACAUUGCAGUGUUGAAUGGACAAGCAAGAGCUGUGGAUACUCUUUUGAUACACGGUGCAAAUCAGAAGCUGACAGACAUGAAAAAUAAAACGUUGCUUUGCUGGGCAGUCGAAAGACAAGAUGGUCCAACAAUAGAAGUCUUGCUAAAAAACAUAAUAACACUGGAACAUGAUAAAAUGCUCAUUUACAGUGCUGUUGAAACAAUGUGCCAGACCAAACCAUUUUUCGUCAAAAACUGGGAAUAUGGUGCUAACCCGAACGCGAUACGAAUUUUUACAUCAGAUUCUGAAAAAGGUGAACAUUCAGUAGGAUAUACGGCACUUCACAUAGCAGUCGAAAAGGAAGAAUUCGAAAUCUUCCAACUUCUCUUACAGUAUGCUUUAUUUACACCAGCAGAACCGUGUGGAUUCACGCCUCUACAUAUUGCGGUUGAAAUCGGCAACGAGGACAUUGUAACUCUCCUUUUAAAUGCAGGGAUCCCUGUAAAUUCUCCGACAAAGACUGGAUUUAUUCCUCUUCAUCUGGCUGCACAAAAUCCAACGGAAGCAGGGAGCUUCGAAAUUGUGGAAAUCAUAUCUGAAAUAUCUUCUAAUCGGACCGGAGAAUGGCAAAAAGGCUAUUUUUCGUUAUUCGUGGCUGCAUAUCAUGGACGCGAGGCUGCACAACAGGGCCAUGAAAAUAUCGUCAAGAUUCUUUUGGAACACCAAGCGGAGGUAUAUCCAAAGUGUAUUACAGGAAAUGAUCAGUUCUCCACUCCUCUCAUUGCUGCUUGUCUUUCUGGACACGAAGCCAUCGUAGAAAUUCUUCUGAACCACGGAGCUGAUGUGUGGUUCUUUCAAAACAAUUUGAGGUUGGGAUUAACGCCCAUUUUUCAUGGGGUCGCUCAUUUCAAAACUAAAGCCUUUAAAUCACUUGUGAAGUUGGGAGCAUCGUUAAGUGCGAAGACUAGCAAGGGACAGUCUUUACUUCACUAUGCUAUUGAUGAAAAUAAAGAGAUUAUUUACCACAUAACGGAUCAUUUGAUCAGGCUGAUCUUGGAAUGCGGGGAAGACGUCAAUUUAAAAGAUUCAUUAAAUAUUUCAGCAUUCGAAAAAAUCUUGCACAGAAGAGCGUCUGUGGAUUCUGAUGACAGUGAAUACGACGAAGAAGCAGAAAUCAAUGGAAUACCCUACGAUUAUGAGCAAUUACUUAAACUUUUAUUGGAAGAAGGUUUCAACGUAAACACUCAAAUUGGUGAAUCUGCACAAACUAUUUUUCAUUUUGUAGCUGAAACAGUAAAUGCAAAAGUUGUAAAAUUGCUGUUACAACAUGAUGUUGAUGUUAAUCUUCUAGAUGGACAAGGACACACAGCUUUCCGUCAAUCUGUGGCAAAAGCUCGUCUCCUUCUGAGGGAUAUACGGAGAGAAUUAAGCGAAGACGAGAACGAAAAUCUUAUAAUUCGAGGCUUGCACGCUGCUGUUGUUUCUAAUGAUUUUUUGUUUGGCAGGUUUAUUUCGUAUAAUACCUCGAUGAUGUACAGGGAGUAUCAAGAAGCUGUUGAACUUUUGCGUAUAGUGACUAAAGGUUUAGCUAGAAUUCAAGCUUCUGGUGCAGAAUUAAAUUGA